AGGGGGUGGAUGACCCCUUUACCCUCACUAGUAUCAGGCCGUCAACGGAGGGGCGUGUCCUGUGCCGUGGGUGCGGCUUUCUGUGGUCGCCACCUGGCCCCGGACUCUCGCCAUUAUGGCCAGGUCUCAGCUCUGGACCACUUACUCGGAUUCCCUCAGCCUGACAGUUCGCUGACUCCUUUCGUACCCGCCGUGUCCAUGCACAGAGGUGAGCAGGAUCUCCUCUUGGUCCAUCCCCCUGACAUGCCUGAGAAUCCCCGGGUCCUACGAGUAGUCAUCCUUGGAGCCCCAAACGCAGGGAAGUCAACACUCUCCAACCAGCUGCUGGGCCGAAAAGUGUUACCUGUCUCCAAGAAGGUGCACACCACUCGAUGUCAAGCUCUGGGGGUCAUUACAGAGAAGGAGACCCAGGUGAUUCUACUUGACACACCUGGCAUCAUCAGUCCUGUAAAACAGAAGAGGCACCAACUGGAGCCCUCUUUGUUGGAAGAUCCAUGGAAGAGCAUGGAAUCUGCUGAUCUUGUGGUAGUUCUUGUGGAUGUGUCAGACAAGUGGACUCGGAAUCAGCUCAGCCCCCAGAUAGUCCAGUGCUUGACCCAGUUUGCCCAGGUCCCUAGCAUCCUUGUCAUGAACAAGGUAGAUUGCCUGAGGCAGAAGUCAAUUCUCCUGGAGCUCACAGCAGCCCUCACUGAAGGUGUAGUAAAUGGCAAGAAGAUCCAGAUGAAGCAAGCCUUUCGCUCAAAGCCCGGUUCCCAUUGCCCUAGCCCAGCAGCUAAGGACUCAAACACGCAGUCUGCAGGAAGCCCUCGGCUGACUGGCUGGCCCCACUUCCAGGACAUCUUCAUGUUGUCAGCCCUAAGCCAGGAGGAUGUUAGAACACUUAAGUACCUCCUGGCAAAGGCUCAGCCUGGGCCUUGGGAGUUCCACAGCGGAGUCCUCACUAGCCAGACACCUGAAGAGAUCUGUGCCAACAUCAUCCGAGCGAAGCUCCUGGAGUACCUGCCCCAAGAGGUGCCCUACAAUGUGCAGCAGAAGACAGUGGUGUGGGAGGAAGGACCAAGUGGGGAACUGGUGAUUCUACAGAAACUUCUGGUGCCUAAAGAGUCUCAUGUGAGGAUCCUGAUUGGUCAGAAGGGCCAGGUAAUCUCCCAGAUUGCACAGGAGGUGGGCCGUGACCUCAUGAACAUCUUUCUCUGUGACGUUCAGAUACGCCUGUCUGUGAAACUCCUCACAUGAGGAGCUCCCUACUGCCUCUCCCAGGGCAUCCCAGCUCAAGCUGCUAACAGAGGUCAUUGACCAGCGGUGUCCCUGCCUCAGGGCCCUCAAAAACUGAUGAGGGGCAUGGGCACUGCAUAUCCCCUGCCCAGCCAUGUCUACUUUUGGAGGAAGGAACCUGCCUUAGCUCACAUCCCAAAUUGCUCCUCUGCCUGGGGCCACAGCUACUUUGGUCUCAGAAGUUGGCCCCUUCAUGGGAGCAUGCCACCCUGCCCAUAGUUUCUCCCAGAUCUCUCUUCCUCACUCCGUAUUUCCACCAGGAAGCCAUGGAAGGUGAGACAGCACCUCCCACCUGCUCCCCAAGUCUGUGAUCCCUCCUUACCCCUUCCACUCCCCAGUCUCAG